AGAAAGACAACUUAGUAGUAUGGUUUACGUUUAUUCCUCAAAGCUACAAAGACGGUUAGAAUUUCAAGAGGUAUUUAAAACAUAUCGGUUUCCUUAAUAUUCCUAGUCGGUGGUGGAUGCCCUUGGUUUUGAAGAUGAAACACCCAUAAAAAUUAGACAGGACUCGUGCAAUCUAGUUGUUGGUACUGAUUGUUUGGGAUUCGAAUGGAUAGACAUACCUUUGUGUCGUCCACGUGUUUGUCCUUUUGCUAUGUCUAACCGACGCUUCCUAGACUCAUAUGGGAAAUCUUGUCCCAAAUGGAUUCCUGUGGCGUGCUGCUGCCUUCUGCAUUUGUCUGGACUAGAUGGUCUGUUUCUCACUCGCAGACCGUGGCAUAUGCGAUCUUAUCCAGGUGUCUGGGUUCCACCUGGAGGUCAAUGUGAAGAUAAAGAACCUAUUCAGGACACCGCAUUUCGUGAACUCACAGAAGAGUUAGGAUUACAUUCGUAUGGGAAAGAAAAUGUAAUAAAUGAAUGUACUAUUAAACCACUUUGUGCAUGGGAAGCUUCCUAUCCUUCUCGUUUAGAUACAGGAAUCGGAAAGUCUACUAUCUUUCCUAAAUCUCAUCAUAUGGUUAUAUAUUACUCUGUUAAUUGGUUUCGUUCUUCAACAUCUGUUUUAGAUUCAGAUGAUAUUCACUCAUACUUACCACAAUUUAACCUUGAAGUAAAUGAAGUAUGUGCAGCCGUUUGGCUCCCGAGACCUGUUCUCAAUAAAUUAAGUGAUGAUUGGAAGGCAUUUGAAAAACAUUUUCAAAAUCAGUCCACAAUCAGUAAUUCGGAAUAUCUUUAUCCCGAGUUAUCAACGAUGCCAUCCACUUUCCAGAUUGAUAAUGAUCAAACAGAAGUUUGGUAUUGGGGUGUAAACUCUCUUGAUUGGCAAUCGGUACCCGUAAAUCAACUUAUCUGUGGACUAACAUCAAGUCGCAAUCCAACUGUUUCACACAAUACCAGACCCGAAUCUGAAGUUGGUAAUGGACCUAGUCCUGUAACACUGGGGACAUUGUAUGCUAUUAGUCAUUGGCUUUCAUCAACCAGUACCAGAAGUAUUGUUUGAAAUUGUUUUCGUCAAUUAAUUUUCUAACUAAUAGUUGUAUACCUUCAUUUUUUCAUUCUUCGCUGAGAAGGUUGGUACAAAUUAUUGUACGAUAUUCCUUG